UUCCCAACGUUUCCCAGAGACCUGGAGGAUCUAAACCCCCCACCGGAGUCAAGCGAAACAGCCCUCUACUACCACAGUACAAUUUCACACCGGCGAACCAAAGUAUUCCUCAGCCUCAGACGCCGCAAGAGCCGAUUCGGGAGGAGCCCCAAGCGUCACCGGCAGCAACGCCUCAUUUCCGGAACUUCCCACCGCCACAGUCAUUGUUUCAGAGCUCCGUGAAUCAAGUCCGUGGAGACCAGCCAGCUCGUUCCUUACCGGAAGUGCAGACCAGUCGAGGUUUUGAACAGCAAGAUCCCCUUUAUGAACCUCCAGAGUCUCCAGCUCAACACUCUCACGCUCCAAGUCAUCCGUCAUCUCAUGGACACAACUUCGAACCUGAUCCCGUGUUACCAGAACUCCUGGAGGACACCGUGAAGGCUCUAAAUGCCCUGCUUUCAGUGCCAGGCAGAGAGAGGUUCACAACUGUUCUCAGUGAACCAGAGCUGCCUGGAACGAGUUGGUUUGAUCGGGAUCCAACACUGGUGCGGAUGAUAACCAAAGUACUUACCAACAAGUUCAAUGGCCCCUUCUAUAGCUGGUCUUGUGUGCCACAGGACAGAAGAGAAAGGUACUUCGUAGAGUUUGCGAAAACUCAUACUUGGGAUCCCUUGGUUACAGGGACAGUUCAAAAAGAGUUUGAGAAGGUCUGUAAACGCCGGAUAAAGGAUAUGGUUAGCAAUGUGAGGACCAGUCGUGAACGACCAAGUUGGAUUGUCGACACUCUUUGGCAACAGAUGGUUGCUCACUGGGAUACUGAUGCAGCACAGCAAAGGAGUCUCACCUAUUCCAAGGCUCGUAUGUCUGACCGUAAUGGUCUCGGUCCUCACAUCCACUUAUCUGGCCCAAAGUCGUAUCAACAGAUACAAUCAGACAUGAAAAAUUGGGAAGAACUGUCACUCUUGGUGAGGUUUUCAUCACAACGCAUACAAAGCCAGAUGGAACGUAUGUUGAUCGAAAGGCAGAGAAAAUUGCGCAGACUUAUGAGAAGAACGUGCAAGCAAAGUUGGAUGAGCUCCAGGAGGAUACUUCAGCGGUUUCAGGCGGAUCUUCACAACCUCGGGAACUCACGGCUGAUGAUUAUACUGCCAUAUUUCUUCAGUCCACUGAGAAGGACUCCCGAGGUAAUUACUAUGGAGUUGGCAGCCUCAAAGACAGUCUUGGAGUUCUUGGCAAGCGCAAGCGACCAG